AUGUCGCACGCCUCCCCACUCAGCGCCCAGGGGCAAUCGCCAGCAGAUGCAACCCAAGAUCGAUAUGCUCCGGAUCCUUACCUAUCAGCCCCAUCUGAUCCCGAGGAAAUCUUCUUUCAGGCCAGUGCCAUUCGACUAACGCCAACGCGGGGGAGUCCUGGAUACCGUGCGGGACCCCCUCAUGAGGAAACUCCGAUCGACUCCACAACCCAGGGCUAUUUGGACCCGAGAGCAAAUGAUUAUACGGACCCAAGCACUUGCACCUCCCCUAUUUCUGAUACAAGUGUAUUCGUGGAACCGAAGGAUAUCGAACUGGCUAGUGGUUCGAUAUGGCAAAAUGAAAACCUGCCAUCGUACAGGAUUGGGGAGGAAAAUAUGCCUGUCGAUGCGGUAUGGGGUUCUUCCAUGGCGCCGAGCUUUCAGUGGACGGGAUUGGACCACAACCAGAAUCCGAAUCCAUCACCCACGCUGGCGGGUCCAGAGCCUCCUGGCAAUUCUAGGGCACGGCAAUCAAUCCCCACCUCGUGCCAGUCUGGCCUCGGUGUCUUUAACGCAGGUGCUGAGCCGCCGAGACUCGGUGUCUUGACCAAUGAGUUGACCACUGAGCAGGCUUCGGGUGCAACCAGGGGAAGAAGCCCCAUCGUUAAGAUUACAACCUUCACCCGAGGGGAUUCGCCCGAGGAACGCAGCACAUCACCCCAAAGACAUCUCAGCCAGUCCUUUGCACAUCUAUCUGCUAAUUCAAGCGACCUAGAAGACGAAGAUGAUAGCGAUCGUCACUCGGUAUUUUCUGUUCCCGUGAAGCGAUCUGAGAAUGGCGGAUGGAUUCUAAACCCAUCAACGCAUCUAGCUGGCAUUGACCCAACGUCCCGUGGGGAUGAAUUCGUGCCAAGUCCCAAUGACGUCUAUAUUCAGCGAGAAAGGAGCGAGAAAAAUGUGGAUAUUUCUCAUUGGUCUGUCUCUGUGAGCGCAGCCAACAGCGACGCCGGUGGGGACUCACCUAGUUCACCGCGUCCACGCCCACACCUUGUUUCCAGGAGACUUCGAGCGAGGAGUACCGGUGAUCAUCCGUUGAAACAAGAAGAUUAUUUCAACCUCAAAUGUCGCACCGAAGACACAUCAUUUCCUGGGCCCGGGGUAUUAGUUCAUGAAAGCAGCGACGACCUCAGCGAAGAUGAAGCAAGCGUUGACAUCUACUCCGAGGAGCCCUCAGCCGAGGUUGAUGAAUCUGGUAGAUAUGAUCGCAGCACCCCCGAGGUCUAUUCAUCUUUCUCGCCGACUAAAGAUGACGAAAGCAUUCAUAUUUACCCCUGGCACGAUCCCCCUCGCGAUUUGACACCCAGAUUACAAGCGAUGCAGCCAGAUAGCUCCACAGACGCUAUGAUAGCUUUUAACAGACGUGUGCGGGACCUCGAAACUGCAUCGCUCGAAGCAACAAUUGAUAACAAUAGCAUUAUCAAUGUUGGUGCAUCUCUCGAAAACUUUUCCAUUACCGAACUACCCAAGAAACGCACCAGUCUGUUGAAGCGUCAAUUUCUGCAGGCAUCAUCGAUUCUGAAGCGCCAAGCAUCUGAACUUUCUAUCGGUCAAUCGAAUAGCUACCCCGGGGUUCCGCAGCGUGAUACAGAGGACUUGCCGGCAAAAACGAGUUAUUCACCACGGAAUGGGUUCUUGCACCGUCGUCAUUCGCGAGCGCCAAGUUUGAGCAACGCACUUCUUUCAAUGACCAGCCAAAUGGCCGCUGUCGGGCAAGCAGUGUCGCCUGCACCCUCACCGAAUACGGAGAGAGGUUCUUUAAAUAUCCAAUUCAAGGGUCGAGGUCGAAGCAGGAGCGAGGUCCCCCGACCAAGUAGCCCUGGGCUAAUAAAUCUCAUGACAGCUCAUGGUGGACCACCAGUUCCAAGCAUCACAUCACCCCAUGUCAGUUCGGACGCCUACCAAAUACCUAAAAGUACAUUUCUGGGCCCUGAAAAUGGAGGUGCUGAUGAGAAUGAUACACACGCCAGCAAUAACAAAGGCGUAGCUAUGGAUUUUCCCGCUGUCCAAAGUCUCCCAGUGCCGACAAUCGAAGGGUUCAAAUCGCAGAUCAUGCAGUUGAAUCCAAGGCUUGAGCCGGCUUUGAUUCACCGCUUAGCACAUGAGCAAGUCCGCCGAUACAAGAUCUUGGUUGAUUUGCAGCAGAAGCAUUCCAUUGCAGCUGCCAACCACACGUGCAAAUCAGGCACCCUUUGUACUAUUCAGGCAGGGAAACCCACUUUGUUGCAGGAUCUCGAGGCCCCCAACGAUCCGGAGGCAGGACAGAUCCAGUCCCAAGUGACAAAUUUCAGUUAUGAGUACGAGCAACAGUAUUCUCCAGGUGAUGGGACGGCGGCUGCGACACAUUUCCCUCCUGGCGUGCCCCUUCCACCAGUCAGUCGUCUUCCUGCCCGGUUUGAGUGCCCCAUUUGCUUCGAAGUGAAAACCUUCCAAAAACCAUCCGACUGGUCUAAACACGUUCACGAAGAUGUGCAGCCAUUUAUUUGCACAUUCCCCCACUGUACCGAGCCCAAGGCAUUCAAGCGUAAAGCAGACUGGGUUCGCCAUGAGAACGAGAAGCACCGGCACCUGGAAUGGUGGACAUGUGUAUUGCCUGAGUGCAACCACAAAUGUUACCGUAAGGACAAUUUCGUUCAGCAUUUGGUCCGGGAACACAAAAUGCCAGAGCCCAGGAUCAAAAGGACGGAGAAAGCCUCUAGCACCGUGGAUGCCGAGAGUGUGCCAAAUAGUCGAAAAGAGCAGGAGCUUGACCGAUUAUGGCAAAUGGUCGAAAAGUGUCGGCAUGAAACCACGCAAGCCCCGCAGGAAGAGCCAUGCCGCUUCUGCGGGAAUAUGUGUAGCGAGUGGAGAAAGUUGUCAGUCCACCUUGGCAAACACCUGGAGCAACUCGCCUUGCCCGUUUUGCGAUUAGCGAAGCCGAGCAACGCUUCAACCCUUGCCACCAACCCCAGCAAAGUGGGGCAGAUUCGGGAAUCAUCGGCCGCGCCAUAUCACCCUGGACACGAACUACCCGAAACAGCCUCCACCUAUCUGCAGCCGCAGUACGCGAUCCGAAACACUAGCACACCGGCUAAUCCUGGGUUUUCAAUCAACGCCGUACCUCUGGCAAAUUAUCCCACCAUCUCCGGGGGCGAACUUUCCAUGGAGCCGGAGUCCAUGAUAGACUCUCAUACCCCUGAUCAGUUCCCAGGCUACACGCACACGACGGGCCAAUUUGACCAAACCACACUCCGUCCCGCUCAGGCCCAGGCCUAUCCCCUACAUCAGAACUCAGUGACGUACCCACCGCCUUAUAACGCCGUCCCGAGAUCGAGAUCUCCGGGGGCGGAUCUCAUGCCGCAGCACUCGUAUCCUCUAACCCAGUAUCUCCCUUAUCCCUCUAUGUACCCCACCGAUGGUACUUACUCAACUUACCAACCCAUGGAGUCCAACAGCCCCUACAGUCCUGCGACGUACUCUUCGGGAUGUCCCUCUCGAAUGUGA